CUGCUAGUAUUUGAUUUCAGAUUUGAAGUAUUUGAUUUUCGGAUUUUCUUUUUGGCGCCAAAGAGUUCCCUCUCAUAACAAAAUAAAGCAAUCUCCAUCUUCAAGGGCGUGUGAGUGAGUGGUAGUUGUUAACUAUUUACUUUUCAGAACCGUGCAAACAAAACGCCAAGUCGUUUAACACAACAUUGCAGAUGCAGUCAAAGCUCAACAAAUUUUUCAAAUCUUCCUCCGAUUCCACACCUCCUCCUCCCGCCGCCGCCGUCGCCGCCGAUGACGGUGACCAUGAUUUGGCCAACUGGAACUGGGAGAACAAUCAACACCAUAUUAUCAACACUUACACCCGAACUCGUCGGAACCCUAAUCCAAUUACUUCACCUCCCACCUUAAUCGAAAAACCGAUAGUAGUCAAGAACAAGAAGAGAAGCUACGCUCAGUUCCAUUUGGAGUUAGGUCAAUCGGAUUUCCUAUUACGCGCGUGUUCCACUUGUGGUAUUGAGUUCACUCCCGGAGAUGUCGAAGACGAGAAAUUACACGCCCAAUUUCACAAACGUUAUACGCAAGGAAUCCAAUUUAGAGGUUGGAAUAAUGAGAGGGUUGUUUCUUCUGACAAAAGUGGUCGAGUUAUUUUGGUGUUGGAUAAUGAUCCAUCUUCUCACAGAAACAAGGUUCAAGAAGUUGUGAAGAUGAUGGAAAUUGAGAUAGGAAGUGGAUGGACAGCUCAUCAACACUGUAAGGUUUAUUUGUUCGUUUCUCUCCAGAGGAUUGUUGGUUGCGUGUUUGCAGAACCAAUCAAAGAAGCUUUUAGAGUAGCGUCUUGCUCAGAUGAUGGGCAUUCUGCUAGCGCAAGGAAGAGGGAGAAGAAGCUGCGUCCAACCACUCUCCAGUUUGGGAAUAUUGUUUUUCAAAGGGAAGUUGGAAAAAGAGUGGUGAAUGUGAGUGAUUCUGAGGCGAUGGAUAGUAGGGCGAUCUCUUGUGAAAGCCAACCUGUUGCUGCUGCUUGUGGCAUUAGAGCCAUUUGGGUCACUCCCUCCAACAGAAGAAAACACAUUGCUAGCCAAUUGCUGGAUACUGUGAGGAAAAGUUUCUGCGUGGACGAGCUUGAACGUGCUCAGCUAGCAUUUUCUCUACCAACCUCGGUUGGGAAGGCAUUAGCCAGUAGUUACUCCGGUACUGGAUCAUUCUUGGUGUAUAAAGCAGUUUAAACAGGGAGUAAAAACAAAUGUGGAAAUCAAAGGAAGAAGUGUAGAUGACAUGUUCUUCACUUUCUGGAAAAUGUUUAGGCAAAACAUUAGUGUCAGUGGUGCAAUGGAGGCUGAGUAAGAGAUUUCAUGUGCACUUAAAAAUGUAUUUAUGUUUUGUAUGUUCAGUUAUAUGACAUUUAACCAUUAAUGGUCAUCGAUAAUGAGCCACCAUCAAUGAAAAUGCUUGUUAGUAUUUGAUUA